AUGGCGGCGGCGGCGGCGGAGCGAGUCCCGGCGCGGCGUCCCCGGCCGCGGGUGCUGAUCGUGGGCGCGGGGCUGGCCGGGCUGGCGGCAGCUCAGCGCCUUCUCCUUCGCGGCUCCGGGCGCUUCGCCGACCUGCGCUUGCUGGAGGCCACAGGCCGAGCGGGAGGCCGCAUCCGCUCCGGGGAGCUCCGCAACCAGGUGGUGGAACUGGGCGCGCACUGGAUCCAUGGGCCAUCCCCGGAGAACCCCGUCUUCCGGCUGGCCUCGGAGCAUGGCCUGCUGGAUGAGGCGGCACUAGCCGAGGAGAACCAGAAGGUGGAGGCGGCCGGUCUCCCGCCGGGGCCCUUGGCUUGCUACUCUAGCCGUGGCAGCCUGCUCAGCCUCGAUCUGGUGGCCUCCAUGUGGAGCCUCUUCUCCACACUGCUGGAGGAGGCGUGCCAGUUUGCACCACGCCUGCAGGAGCAGGGCCCACCACCUGUGCCCAGCCUGGGUCAAUACCUGAAGAGCCGGGUCGCCCAGGCAGCCGCCGAAGAAUGGCCGGAGGAGGAGGCCGAGGCCCACCUGCAACUGAGGCUGGCCGUGCUCAAUGCGUUCUUCAAGCUGGAGUGCUGUGUGUGCGGCUGCCACAGCCUGGAUCAGGUGGCGCUGGGGCCCUUCGGCGAGUACACCAUGCUGCCGGGCCGCGACUGCACCUUCCCCAAUGGAUAUGAAAGUCUCGUAAACUGCAUAAUGGCAUCGCUGCCCAAAGGGAAUUUGCUGUUUGAUAAGCCAGUGAAGACUGUUCGUUGGGGGAGCUCGUAUUUGGAAGAGGCACCCACAGGCAGAUGCUUCAGAGUUCAGGUGGAAUGUGAAGAUGGCGAGAAGUUCUUGGCAGAUCAUGUUCUCAUCACAGUGCCUCUAGGUUUCCUCAAAGAACAUCAGGAUACCCUUUUUUGCCCUCCCCUUCCAUCCCAGAAGGCGACAGCAAUAAGAAAUCUGGGCUUUGGGACAAACAAUAAAGUAUUUUUGGAAUUUGAUGAGCCAUUCUGGAAGCCAGAUUGUCAACUGAUUAAGGUGGUCUGGGAGGACGAAUCACCUCUGGCAGAGCCACCCACACAUCUGCAGGCUGCCUGGUUCCAAAAGAUUUCCGGCUUCAUUGUUCUCCACCCGCCAGAGAGGUAUGGGCAUGUUCUCUGUGGCUUCAUCGCUGGGAGAGAAUCUGAAUUCAUGGAAACCCUCUCAGAUGCUGAGGUUCUCACCAGCCUAACACAAGUAUUCCGCAGAGUCACAGGAAAUCCACACCUGAAUCCCCCCAAGAGCAUCCUGAGAUCGAAAUGGCACAGCGAACCCUACACCAGAGGCUCCUAUAGUUACGUGAGCGUCGGCAGCAGUGGAGAGAACAUCGAUGCGCUGGCUCAGCCACUACCCGAGGAAGCCUCUUACUCCAAGCCGCCGCAGGUUCUUUUUGCCGGAGAAGCCACCCACCGCACGUUCUAUUCCACCACACAUGGAGCCUUGUUGUCUGGCUGGAGAGAAGCAGAUCGCCUCCUGCAGCUCUACGACUCCCCGCACGCCAUGUUGUAAGCCAGCGGCUGAUGGUUUCCUCUUCAGGACGGAUUGCAAAUGAAGCGAUACAACAAUAUACGUCUCUCCCCACUACAUGAGUUUGAUAAAAAUGCUGGGUUGGUGGGGGGGGGAGGGCUCCUUCUUGUGUUGGCACUGAUGGCAGAGCGCAAGGCUAUUGACACCUCCAUGAUAUGCAGCAGCCAGCGGCCGCCUCGUCUGGGCCUGGAAUGUAACUUCCUGCUCUGCAAGACUCAAUAUACACAGAACAGAGCUGAACUCACUUGGUCACAUAGAGGAAGCGUAUUACACACUUAAAUUUGAGCUCUUAAAUUUGAGCAGAAGCUUGGGAGGGUUUCCCUCUUACUCCCCUCCCAAAACAGGAGCUUUGGCUAUGGGGUGGUAUAUAAACGUAAUAAAUAAAUAAACCAAUAAAAGAUAGCUGUGACGGUUUUACCAGAUUCCCAGCAUACUGUGAAUUUCAGAGCACCAGAGACAGGGCCUCUUCUCCAGGUGCUGGAGCUCAUAUUCCCUGAGAACAAGAAACUGCUUGAUAUGCUGUGGCAAGCUCUUGCAGGGGGUCAGUGGUGCUCAGCUCCAAUGCAUACGGAUGCCCAGGACUGGUGCUUGAGGUUUGCUUCUCUCACCCCCCAACCCCUAAGCCCUUUGCCUUUGGUGUCAGGCCUUUCAGACUGGUAGACUGGGGCAGGGACUGCUGUAGUAACUGCGGUUGUAAUCCCAGCCGUUUCCAACAGGAGAGCAGGGUGAAAACGCUGCAAAGUCAAGAUGGCAUCCUGAGGCACUUCGCAGCAAGACUGACAGGGGGGAUGACCUCCAGUCCCCUAAUACUAUUCUCUGGAAUGUACCCUGUAGAUAAAAGAGGGGCCACUGCAAGACGGUCCCCCAAUCCACAGAGGCCAGCAUCAAGAAGAUACAUGGUGGGUUAACUGGUGCAAGUGUCUUCAUAGAAUCAUAGAAUAGCAGAGCUGGAAGGGGCCUACAAGGCCAUCGAGUCCAACCCCCUGCUCAAUGCAGGAAUCCACCCUAAAGCAUCUCUGACAGAUGGUUCUCCAGCUGCCUCUUGAAGGCCUCUAGUGUGGGAGAGCCCACAACCUCCUUAAGUAACUGGUUCCAUUGCCGUACUGCUCUA